GAGCUUGUAGAGAGAGAAAUAGAGUAGGAGGUGCAUAUUUGGUUUCAGUAGUUCAGUUUGGUUUCUGAAGGUGAGAGGAGGGUUUUGAAAGUUUGAGGUUUUUCUGUAGUUUUGGUUUGUUAUUCACUUGGGGAAGAUCAGUGAGUGAAAUCCACCAUGAGAAAGAACAUUUGGGUUUUGCAGUACUUCCUGUUGUUCAUGGGAUGCUAUCUUGGUUUGACGAUGGGAGCUGGUGUGGAAGAGAGACUAGAUGGUGCAGUACCGGCAACCACAUUGUCACCACCAGAAGGGAACACUACAUUUCUUGAUGGCACAACAUGGUGUGUGGCUGUCGCUGGUGUCUCUCAAGUUGAUCUGCAGAAUGCAUUAGAUUGGGCCUGUGGACUUGGAAUGGCAGACUGCAAGGCCAUCCAAGAAGGCGGUCCCUGUUAUGACCCAGACACUCUCCUAUCUCAUGCUUCAUUUGCUUUCAAUAGUUACUAUCAACAGAAUGGAAAUUCUGAUAUUGCUUGCAAUUUUGGGGGCACUGCUGCUGUCACUAAAUAUAACCCAAGUUAUGGAAAAUGUAGCUAUGCUGCUCCUGGAUCUGUAGGCUCUGCAGCACCUCCAUUGUUGAGCUCCAUUUGGUGGUGGAAACUCGCUCUCCUUUGUUUACUACCUCUGUGUCUAGGAAGCUGAUCAGUGCUCAUGAUCGUUGGUUUCAAACAGAUUAAACUGCCAGAAAAAAGUCGAAUUCGACUGUUUGUAAAAACUAUUCUAAUGUCAUGGAAAGGAAAAGGCAGGAGAUCAGAACAUGAUUAGGCUAUGAUUAUGCAAGUGUAAUAUGCUUAUUCCUGUCUUUGUUUCUGGUUUAGGAAUCUUUUAGCUAAUUAAGAAGGGAAAGCCCCCUCCAUCUUUUUC